CAAACCAACCUGUACUAGGCCUAUAAUUGGCUGAUUACUCGAUGAACAAACGCACAGCCCUCGACAUAAUGAGUAUCUCUGCAUCGAUCCCUAAGUUGCUUAUUGCUUUUCUUUGAUUACAGUGAUUUCAUUUAAUCUAAUCUAGUUUUUAUGAAGUGUGUACUUGAUAACAUAUACAUAUGCAUGCUUUAUAGUUUAAGUAAGGAGAAUCGAUUUGUUUUCAACACAGUACCUUUCGUUUGCAACCUCUUAUGUGGCGUUUCUCAUCCAGGAUCUUAGAGAAUUUGAGAAUAUGACAACAAAAACCAUGAUCAUACUCUUGUUAUUCGAAUUAGGUAGAAUAAAUGCUGAUUAUAUAUUGUCGCCGUCUGCCUCAGAUUGGGAUACCGUAUCCUGUAGUCUUGUUUCGAUUAACAAUGAGGAUGAGCAAGCUAUUAUAGCCGACACGUUUCCAAGUAACAGCGGCGAUAUGUGGAUAGGGCUUAGUAAGGUUGCAAACUCAGCAGAUUUUACCUGGGUAGAUGGUACAGAACCUAUAUACACACAUUUUCAAUUCAAUAAUGAGGGAAGCAAUAAUUUCAACCACCGUAAAUGCGUUUACAUGAGAUCAAAUAACAAUAAAUGGAGAUUGGACGACUGUAAUGUUCUCAAGAUCUACAUCUGCGAAACAACUACGGUAAUGGUAACUACACCCGAUUCAACAACUAACGUCAAACUAAAAACAACGAUACCGGAAACUACGCCCGAAACAUCAACGGCUAACGCACCGACAACUACGAUAUCGGGAACUACCCCUGGUCCAACGACUAACGCUGAACUAACAACUACGAUGUCGGCAACUACACUCGAAUCGACGACAAACACGGAACCGUCAACCGCUACAACAUCGGUUACCACACCAGAUUCAACGACCAACGUAAUACUAACAACAUUGGUAACUUCUCCUGAAAAACCGACGACUGUAAUAUGGUUAACUACGCCGAAUACGACGACAAACGCGGAACCAAUAACCGCAAUAUCCGUAACUACGCCCACAAUGACAACCGAAGGGAAAGAAGCAACUAUAUCGCGAGCCAUUUCCCUACCAAUGACUGACGUGCAACCAACAUCUAUGAUCGCUAACUGUUUUCAAAAUGUCACGUAUAAAGAUCAAAAAACUGUUUUCAUGAGAAAUAUUCCGAUCGGUGAAUCCUCCAACAAAGUUUGCUCUCCUGAUUACGUCAUCGCUCGCCAAGUAUCGGUCUCUCGGAUUCAAUGUGUUCUAGGGUGCAAGCGUCAUGAGGCUUGUUAUGCUGUCAACAUUGUAGAGGUUCCACCUGAAGAUAAUUUUGACGGUAGCAAGUAUUUCUAUUGCGAAUGGACAACUGCAAAGCAAGUUGACACCGAUGUCAUGAUGCAGUUGGAUACAGAUCGGAAUAUUCGAGCUCGUUUUCAGUUCGUGAAAGUGCGCUAGUAAGGCUUCAUGUUGUGUCCCAAGUCAAAUAUGUCGCCAUGAACUUCGUAAUUAUUAGUUUCUAUUAUUACAUUUUUAUAUAGAAAAAUAUUAUUAUUAGUAUUAUUGGAACAAUUCAAAUGGUAUUAGGUUUCUAAACGGAACUGACGACAAAUGACAAGGAAGAAAUAUUAAAGUGAAAAACAAAACUACUUGAAUUUAUCUACAUAAUGAUAAAAGGUAUACCUCAAGUUAGAUAGUAGAUCGGGGCGUAAUAAUACUUCUUCGAUCUCGAAAAUAUUGUAUUGUGUUUUUAUAAUAAUGCUCCUGGUUCUGACACAAAUAUUUAAUUUCUUUGUCUAGGGAUUGUAAUUGUCGACCAAAUUUGUUGUUAAAUAACAAUUACAAAAUACUUGCUCAUAUUUUAUCAAUGAAUACAAAAUUGCUAGUAAAGAUCAAACAGGGGUACUAAUAUGAUUACUACUAUGGCCACUACGACGCUUUAGGAAGGAUAAAAAUGAAAAUAUCCGAUUUAAUGAAGAUGUGAAAGAAACAUUAUUGUUUUCUGUCUUUUUUAGAUUCUGAGAAUGUAUUCGAUGGUAUGGAUAAUAUACACUUCUAAAACAAUUUAAUUUCUGUGAGUCAUUUAAGCGGCAGUUGCCUGUAUACAAAUAUAUUCUUUGUUGGUCUGCGUAGCCUAUAGGCCUAUUUUGGCAAUUACAAUUAUAAAUAAUUACAUACUGUAGUAAUAAUGAGAAUAAUUUCAUUUCUAUACAAUCCUAAAUCACACAGUAUGCCUAAUAUGUUUGAGUACGAAUAUUUACAUAAUAUUUUAUAGUCUCGUUAGGAAAAUAAAGAACCGAUUAAACAAAUUGUUAUGUAUGAAAAAAUAAUUGAUAUGCCUACAUAGCCCUAUGACACUACUGCAUAAUAUUAUAUGAAUUUGAACAAAUAUGUAUUUGUUCUUUCUUCAGUAAUGUAAUUUGAUCAAAUUAUUUUGACAAUAAUCUAUAAUGCAUUGAAAUGCCA